AUGGCCUGGGAUCCCUGGAGCCACUGGCACUGGCUUGUCUUCAUCUGUGUUUGUGCCUGGGGCCAUGCAAGGCAAGUGGACUCAAGAAGAGAAGGCAUGAGAAACUGUUCAACCAUCCCUCAUUACCUUCCAGUUACUGUGGUCAAUACCACAGAGCGGCUCAUAGCCCUUCGCCAGCAGAUGUACACAAAUAAUCUAUCUGCCUACAUCAUCCCGAACACGGAUGCCCACAUGAGCGAGUACAUUGGUGAACAUGACAAGCGGCUUACAUGGAUUACAGGCUUUACAGGGUCUUCAGGAACUGCAGUGGUAACUAUGGGGAGAGCAGGUCUCUGGACUGACAGUCGCUACUGGAUCCAGGCUGAGCAGGAGAUGGACUGCAAUUGGGAACUCCAUAAGGAAGUUGGUAGUUCCCCCAUUGUCAGUUGGCUCCUCACUGAGAUUCCUGCUGGAGGACGUGUGGGUUUCGAUCCCCUCCUCUUCUCCAUUGAAGCUUGGGAGAGUUAUGACAUGGCUCUCAAAGGCUCUGACAGAGAGCUGGUUCCCAUCAAAACCAACCUUGUGGACCUGGUAUGGGGGUCAGAGAGACCUCCAGUUCCAAGCCAGCCCAUUUAUUUCCUGCAGGAGACGUUCACAGGGAGCACCUGGCAGGAGAAAGUAUCUAGCAUCCGCAGUCAGAUGCAGAAGCAUCCCAAGGCCCCAACUGCUGUGCUUCUGUCAAUGCUUGAUGAGACAGCCUGGCUCUUCAAUCUGCGCAGUAGUGACAUCCUUUACAACCCCUUCUUCUAUUCCUACACACUGCUCACAAACUCUUCCAUCAGGUUAUUUGUAGACAAGAAUCGCAUUAACUCUGAGACACUGCAGUAUCUGAACUCCAGCUGUACAGGCCCCAUGUGUGUGCAACUCCAAAAUUACAGCCAAGUCUAUGACAAAGUCCAAGAUUAUGCCUCAGGAGCCGUGAGGAUAUGGAUUGGGACCAGCAAUACUAUGUAUGCGCUCUACAAAGUGAUACCUGAGGAUAAAGUUGUAGCAGAAACCUACUCACCAGUGAUGAUAACCAAGGCGGUGAAAAACAUCAAGGAGCAGGACCUCCUCAGGGACAGCCAUGUCCGGGAUGCUGUACCAGUGAUCCGCUACUUGGUGUGGCUACAGAAGAACGUGCCCAAAGGCAUCGUAAAUGAGUUUUCAGGGGCAGAGCGGCUGGACAGCUUCCGAGGGGAAGAAAAGUUCUUUUCUGGACCCAGUUUCAAAACCAUCUCUGCUAGUGGUCUGAAUGCUGCCAUGGCCCACUACAGCCCAACCAAGGAAGUACACCGAAAUCUGUCUUCAAGUGAGAUGUACCUGGUGGAUUCUGGGGGACAAUACUGGGACGGAACCACAGACAUCACCAGGACAGUCCACUGGGGCACCCCCUCUGCUUUCCAAAAGGAGGCAUAUACCCGCGUGUUGAUAGGAAAUAUUGAUCUGUCCAGACUCAUCUUUCCUGCUGGUACAUCAGGACUAAGGUUGGAAGCCUUUGCACGCAAAGCCUUGUGGGAUGUUGGACUCAAUUAUGGUCAUGGGACAGGCCAUGGCAUUGGCAACUUCCUGGGUGUGCACGAGUGGCCAGUGGGAUUCCAGUCCAACAGCAUUACUAUGAACAAGGGCAUGUUCACUUCCAUCGAACCUGGUUACUAUCAGGAUGGUGAAUUUGGGAUCCGCCUUGAAGAUGUGGCCCUUGUGGUAGAAGCAAAGACCAAGUACCCAGGAACCUACCUGACCUUUGAAGUGGUGUCCUUUGUGCCUUAUGACCGGAACCUCAUUGAUGUCAGCCUGCUGUCCUCAGAGCAACUCCAGUACCUCAACCGCUAUUACCAGACCAUCCGUGAGAAGGUGGGCCCUGAGCUGCAGCGACGCAAGCUGCUGGAAGAAUUCGAGUGGCUGCAGCAGCACACAGAGCCCCUGUCUGCAGGUGCACCAUGCACCACCUUCUUGGCCUCUCUGUUGGCAAUAUCCACUCUUGCCAUUCUCAACUGAAGUGUCUAGAGGCCUAAGACUCCCCUACUAACCCUCUCACUCAGCUCCCUUCAUCCUGUACCACCCAUGGGCCCCAAGAACUUCUGCUGGACCAUUGCCUGGAAACCUUUGCUCUUACCCUCCUUCUCCAGGAUCAAGUCCCAAGUACUGAGGGAUAUUUUGGCCCCAGGCAGACCCCUGUUUGGCUUGUACACCUCACCCUAGGCUCCCCAUCCCGGGAUCAAGAGCCAACUAGUUCCUUUCCUCAACAGGUCUAACCUAUAACCUGGCAGAGCCUAUUGCUGCUGCCCCCCAAAGAGCAAUAUAGGGCAGUACCUUACCCCCAGGUACCCCAGGGCUCUGGGAUAGCCCCACCUUAAACCCACCAGAGCUGCUGUCUCACACUGACUCCUAACUCCUUGGUCUUCCCACACUCUUGAGGCUGCCUCUGGACACCUUGACCUGUCCUUGGUUCUAUUAUGAUCUUCUGGUUGCUGCCCAUAAGUUGAAGGAACAAGGGCUGCUUCCAGGCUUCCUACUGGGCCUGUAAAGAGAGAGGAAGGGAGGGUGGUUGAAUCUUCAGGUGCCAUACUACCACCCCAGCAUCAGGAAGACCAGCCAGGGAGGGGUCAUAUACACCAGUCCUUCACCCAACAUGUGAACCCAUUGCUCCUAAACCCUGGGUGGGCUCCAUGCCAGGUGACAAGAUAUAGAGUUAAGCCAUAGGAAUUUGGCCAUGGAGCGGGAGGGAAUUUGGAAAGCCCUCUGGAACAUGGCCCUGCCCAAAUGUGUGAACAGCCAGAACAGUGAUGCUGAAUCACUAGCUCACAUUUCCUGACAUAUGGGAACCCUUUUAACUUUCCAAAGUGCAGCCACAGUGACAAUACCGUUAAAUCCUUUAGCAUCCUUGGAAGACCAUUAACCUAUGUGGUCAGUGUCUGGUUUCCCCAUUUUACAUAUAGGAAAACUGAAUUCCAGAAAGGUUGGGACAUGGUGGGACCAGAAUAGGCUGACAGUCCAGUUCUUUUGGUCUUUAGCAUCAGGGAGAAUCACUUAGCCUGUCUCCCAGACUCUUCCUGGUCCCUGAGCCCAUUGUUGGGGCAAGGGCCAGUUUUCUCUGGCCAGCCCAGCCCAGCCCAGCCCAGCCAUUAGCCACCUGGGCUCGCAUCCUGCUAGAUACU